CGCCUGACGCUGGCGCCGCCGGUGCACGUGAAGUUCUCCAAUAUGCUAAAGUCUGUGACGGCCUUCCUGAUGAAGGUUGCGUCUCUCAAUUGCUACAACCACGACAAAAACCGCAAAGGAAAGAUGAUUCAGCCCCCGCCGCUGGACGCAAGCGAUGACGAUGACGAGGACUCGCUCUACAUGGCGAUGAUGGACACUGUGGUCCGCCGCCUCGCCUGCAUGAUCGAGAUGUGCCUGCUGGACUUCUGGGCCCUUCUGUUGUCGAUGGCGCCGCUGAGGGCCCUUCCGCUGCUGAUCGCGCUUUCCCUGCGCUUCUGCCGGCGCCUGUCGACGCUUCUGGAGUACUCUCAGUACUCCCGCCUCCCGCAGGGCUUCUGCCUCAUGUCGGUUGCGCUGCUACGGGUCCUGCCGCUGCUGACCCCUUUCCUCCUGCGCUUCUUCCUCCACCAGACGAGGCUGCUGACGUACCCUGCUGAGCUUCCGUAUCCAGUCGACGGAGCUGAG